UCGCCAGGGUGGCGCUCAAGUCCUGUCCACAGAAAGAUAAACGCGCAGUUAUAUUUGGACAGAGGAAACAAUGCGCAUACAGAUUUGUGGAACAAACCAGCAUAUUAGUCGGGCCCAGCGGAGAAACCCUGAGAGGACCUGGCUCCUUGGAGUGGCCCUUCCUCUGAGGCUGUACUGGGUCAAGAUAAGAACAUUUCACCAGUGGUACCCAACCCACUAGCGGCACCUUUUUUCGGUUAUCAGGAAGUGCAUUCUGCAUUACUUAGCUCACUUUGCAACCUUAUUGCCCUGUGGUCUCCGCUCGAGGUCGCACCUGGUUUGGCAUGUCCAGGUUUUUGAUUUGUUUUCCCUGUACUCUUUCCCAUUGUUGGGUGUUGGGGUCCUGUCUACAGGCCCCUUCAUUUCUAGGUUUCUUGCCCGCUAUAUAUACAUUCUUUAUUGCUUACAGAGCCAAUCCUUAUCCCUGGGUUACGGAUCUGACUUGCCCAUUUCCUUAUAGGUUUCUUGCCCGCUAUAUGUCUAUUUUUACUGCUGGCACGGCCCCAUGGCUUGGGCCUUAAACUUGUCUUAGUACUCAUCCCCAUUAAUGGGUGUUGGGGCCCGGUCUGAGGGACCCUUUUUUUAUAGGUUUCUUGCCCGCUAUAUACAUGUUUUUAUUGCUGGCACGGCCCCAUAGCUUGGGCCUUAAACUUGUCUUUGUACUCAUUCACCAUUAUUGGGUGUUGGGGUCCUAUCCAAAGGCCCCUUUGUUUAUACAUUUCUUGCCCGCUAUAUAUACAUAUUAGUAGCUAUAUGAUGUUGUGGCCCUCCGUUAAGAAAUAUAUCCGUACUCAGAGAGUGUUUAGUUUAGGCAAAUAUAAUGGAACAACUAUAAAUAUUGGCAUAGACCACCUUCUUAGCCCACUACCUUUUCUCCCAUGCAGCAGACACUCCCACCUUGAACUGUUAACAUAGGAACGUUGCUGAUUUCAGCACCAUGGACAGCCCCAGAAUUUAGCUAAUUUCAAAACCAUGGAACGUUCCAUAAAUUUGUCAAUUUCAGGACAAUGGGCAGUGCCCGUCAUAUUGCGUGCGAUAAAGACUUCCCUUCAAAUAACUCGUCCAGUCAUAUUUUGCUAGAAAACGGUGCAAACCCACCCCCGGAAAAAACAAUUUCUCCACAGCAGUAGAUGGCAGUAAAGUGCCUUGUAUCCAAUGUGCUAUUCUCUAGAGAUAUCCAGCAAAGAGAAACAAAGUUGCGCUUUCUGUUGUGGAUUUUGAGAGGAGCCACAAUUUACUUGUCAGCGACACCAUCUGUCGUUUCGCUUUUAUUUUACAAUAAGGAUAGCGUUUUUAAGCAGUGUUUACUGUUCUUUUGAAUGCAGGUCUAUGCAAAUUCGAUACGCUGUUUUUACUCCAAUUCUUUGCAGAACCCAACGUUUUAACUGCGCAAUAAAUAAUACGCGUUUGCAGAUGCUGUUUACCCAAACGGUGCCUGGUGCAAUAUAUUUGCUGGCUACGGUUUCCCCUCGACUUGACAGAUACAUAACACUAGUUAAAGCCUACAAGAUGUCUAUGGAACUGGAUGUGUUUGUGGGGAACACAACUAUCAUGGAUAUGGAAGUCUAUCAGCUUUGGUUGGACGGUCUCACCGGUUUGUCUCUAUCCUAUUUUGUUGAGACUUUGGAAUGACAUGGCUGUGGUGACACUGCACUGUGUGACAGAGGAAUGUAUUGAUUUCAGGAAUGUAUUGAAAUCACAGAUGCCUACACAAUUGAAUGGCAAUGACCAGACCGUGACAUCAUUUACAUCCUAUUGUCUCUCUCCCAUCUCUGCCUUGCUCUCCCUCACAGUGAGUGAUGCAGUAAAGGUGCGGAUGGAUGAGGGGGCAUUAUUGGAGUGUGAGGCGAAUCCAGAGGUGCUGACCAGCGAUACCAUGGACCAGUUUAGAACCUUCCAGAUGUGUGAGCGUCUUUUACACUCCCCCACCAAACUGGGCAGUCAGCUGCUGUAUCAGAUCCCAGCACAGAACCAGAUAAUUCUCAUUGAAAGGUACUAUGAAUUUGACAGUGUGUUUGCCAGAGAGGUGCUGGGGAAAAAGCUCUCCAAAGGGACCAAAAAGGACUUGGAUGACAUCAGCUGUAAAACAGGGAUCACACUGAAGAGCUGCAGGAGACAGUUUGACAAUUUCAAGCGGGUGUUCAAAGUGGUGGAGGAGCUCAAGGGCCCACUAGUGGAGAACAUACAGCGUCACUUCUUGCUCUCCGACACACUGGCAAGGGACUAUGCUGCCAUUGUGUUUUUUGCAAACAGCCGCUUUGAGACAGGAAAGAGGAAGCUGCAGUACCUCUCAUUCCAAGACUUUGCCUUCUGUGCAGGCCAGCUCAUCAGUUACUGGACAAUAGGAGCAAUGGAUAGCAUGAUGGAGGAUAUGGAUGUUGACCUGGAGAAAGAGUUUCUGAAUGAACUGAAAGAUCUCAAGGUUUUGGUUAAUGACAAAGACAUGAUGGACCAACAUAAAAUCCUGGUGUGUGCUGCUCUGCGGGGAAAGAUCAAAGUCUACAAGUUGAUGGAGGUUAACUUCAAAAAUCUUUCUAGAGCCCUGGUAAACCUUGCAUCGAAACUUACACAUACCAAAGAUGUCAGAGAUUUAUUCAUCGACCUUGUGGAGAAGUUCAUAGAGCCAUGUCGAUAUGAUAGAUGGACAGUGGCAGAGAUCACACUCUUCCUCACUCACUACACCAAUGCCGCUCACUGUCUUGGCACGUUCAGGCACCAGAUGAUUUGGGACAGGUACAUGGGCGUCAUCAAAAGCUGUAUCCUCCAAAUGUACCAUGAAUAGGUAGAUCUCUGGUUUGGACCUCCUCUCCUGAUUGAGCUGUAUCACAGGAGGCUGCUGAGGGGAGGAUGGCUCAUAAUAAUAAUGGCUGGAAUGGAGUGAAUGGUAUCAAACACGUGGAAACCAUGUAUUUGAUGUGUUCAAUACCAAUCCAUUUAUUCCAUUCCAGCCAUUACUUAUAGCCUAUCCUCCCCAAUUAAGGUUCCACCGGCUGCCUGUGAUCUGUAUUGAUCUUACUGUGAAUCUGUCUUCCCUCUGGCAUUUUUUCGUAACUACCUCAGCCCAGUGCAGUCCACUUCUCCACCUCUCCCUGAUCAAAGUGAACUAUCUGUCUCCAACUCCUUCUAUCUCUUCAGUCAGUCCCCCUGUAAAUAUACUGAAUGAACUCAAUACUUUUCUGAUAUGUAAAUUGUGACUUAAAUGAAGUAAACAUAUUUGUUUUA